GCCGCACUUGGUCACGGCAGACGCUCUCCGCCCGUAGCCAGCCGCCCGGCGUUGACGGUCUCGCACUCCCGCCGCCGUCGCCGCCGCAGCCGCCGGCGCUACCGAUUCAUCCAUGAGCUCAGAUUUCCCACAUUACAACUUCAGGAUGCCUAAUAUUGGAUUCCAGAAUCUGCCUCUCAACAUAUAUAUAGUGGUUUUUGGCACUGCUAUAUUUGUCUUCAUCCUUAGUUUACUCUUCUGUUGCUACUUGAUUAGGCUAAGACAUCAAGCACACAAAGAAUUUUAUGCCUACAAACAGGUUAUAUUAAAAGAAAAAGUAAAAGAACUGAAUUUACAUGAGCUCUGUGCAGUAUGUCUAGAAGACUUCAAGCCUCGAGAUGAGUUGGGGAUUUGUCCAUGUAAGCAUGCCUUCCACAGAAAGUGCCUUAUUAAGUGGCUGGAGGUUCGGAAAGUGUGUCCACUAUGCAACAUGCCAGUGCUGCAGCUGGCCCAGUUACACAGUAAGCAGGACCGUGGCCCCCCACAGGGGCCCCUGCCUGGGGCAGAGAACAUUGUAUAGCUCACCACAAGGAUCAAACGGUUGCGGGAUCCCACGUCCGCGUUGAGGCAGGAGAAACACAAGUGUUCUCUGUGUUGGCUGCUCUCCCUGGGGCGCCAGCUGCCACUUCCUUUGCCUCAUGAAGAACUCUUGGGCCAACUAAGCUGAGAACCCAGACUUCUGGGUCUUGUGACAACCAAAGCACGCUGACACUACCCCAUGUCAAGAGAAGAGAAGUUGAAUGAGCCUGUGGGUUUGUUUCAAGAAACUUCCUUAGAGUCUCUUGCUGACUCAAUUCCAUGCUGUCUCCCAGACACUUACCUCCAUGUAAGGUGACUCUUUCUCAAGCAAGAGGGAAGAUAAACACAAAUAUUAGAGAAGGGAACUGAGGGCAGGUCUUUAAAGCCACCAACCCCCACCCUGUGGACAGACGAGCUUCUAUGCAGACUGUGCAUGCCUUAGCCGCAGCAAACCUUUCUGGCAGCCCCUGAGCCAAGUAAAACCAGCGGUUACCUCAGCCGAAGCAUGACCAGUUGCCUGGUUGGUGAGGCAGUGCCAACAAGGCUUUUCCCCUUCUGUUCCUUUGAUAAGGCGAUCUUGGAACCCGCCAUUCCCUCUUACUCUCCCACCCCCAACUCAUCAGUGAGGCCACACUGCCCAUCAGGAGCCCCAGCAGGGGGCAGGCUUCUGCACCCAUGCUGUCCCUGUGUGACCCAGGGUCCUCGGAGUGCUGCCCACUUCCCCCGAUAUGAGGUAUGGCUCCAGCAUAGCCGCUGGUCUUGGCCCACUGCCUUGGUAAGGAGCUACUGGGAGCCCCUCGGACGGCUGAGAAUGGCGAGUCCUCCUGGCCCUGUUGAGAUAGAAUUCUGACCUUGCCUCUCCCCUUCUUCCUUCCCUUUUUCUGCCCGCUCUUGCCCUAUCUUGUUUCUACUUCAGAGGAAAUGCCCGUCAUUGGGUUUUAACAAUUUAAAGCAUCCCAAAUAAGGUCCCUCUGUUAUUUGUUAGGCAGGGAUCCACUUGAAAUUGUAAAUAGUAUCAGGAAGCUCCUGCAGGGCUGUUCACUCAUUGGUGUGUGCCUCAGUAUUCAGACUUGUGAAAACCGAUUGAAAGUGUCUUUAUAGGAGAGAAAUGCAUGCUAUUCUUUGGCUCUUUCUGUCCAACUUUUCUAGAAAUGACUCAGAGUCCGUUAGGAUUCAUGAAUAUUGUGUAAACUAGCUAAGAACUUUCUAGUUCUUUUCCUCAGUCCUGUUCUCCACCUCCGUCCUUUAUAGGGAGGGGCUCCUUGUCAACAGCUUCGCCUCUGCUCUGUCCAAGGUGUGAGUGGGGCAGU